AUGGCGGACAAACUAGACUUUGAUCCAAGCGCUUUCGCAGCCGAUAUGCAACUGCGCACUCGAAAGACCCGAAACUUUGACAAGAUCGAGCACGAUCUGCCCGAUCCCAAAUCCGCUGCUUUUCAAAAGACACAAGCUACUGCUCUCUCAGCACCUGUCAAUGUCUCAGCCUGGCUCUCGCGCUUUGCACAAUGGAACCCCUUCGGAAAAGCCGUCGAUGCUGGUGAUAUAGUGUGGUUGAUGGACAACACGGCGUACCGAAACCCUGAGACCGACCAGUGGGAGGCCGAGUUUGUCGCUGCAGUAUUCGAGAACGAGCCUAAGUGUCGCGUGGCGGAUAUAGUGUCUGGAAUUGCUUCAACAUUGGGUUUGGCGGACGAUGCGGCCGAGCGCGACGUUAUCGAGAAGAGAAUCAUCCCGUUCCUCUGGGAUAUUCAAGCAGCGAGAGUUUUCUGGAUCGAGCAUAAGAAGAAGGAGAUUAAGUUGGGACCGACGAGUAUCAAUGGUAUUACCACGAGCGUUGAGCCUCUUCAUCACGCCCAUAAGGGGUCGGUAGUUGAUGCUACGGCGUUGGUACCUCAAGGCACUCAAGGCCUUCAUGACAUGCAGACUUACUAUGCUGGACCUGAGGGUUGGGCCAUCAUAUCCGAUGUCGACGACACCAUCAAAGUCACCUUGACCAGCGAUCCACUAGGCAUCCUCAAGACCACCUUUGUCGACGAGCCAAUACCAGUUCCUGGCAUGCCCGAGCUUUACUCAGAGCUUCAGACUCUUCUCCCUCGCGAUACUCCUUGGUUCUACCUCUCAGCAUCCCCGUACAACCUGUACCCUCUUCUUCGAGAAUUCAGAGACCGCUACUUCCCGCAAGGCACAUUGAUCCUCCGAGAUUCGAGCUGGCGCACGGUGGCAGGCUUGUUGUCGGCGCUGACAAUGGGAACUGAGGAGUACAAGGCAGACCGCAUGAAGAAGAUUCACUCGUGGCUACCAAAGAGAAAACUCAUUCUCAUCGGUGAUUCAACACAAUCCGAUCCCGAGGCAUAUGGCGAGAUCUAUCGAACAUUCCCAGGCUGGGUCAAGAUGAUACUCAUCCGCAAGGCCACAGAUGUCGCUGCUAUUGGCAUUGAAGAGAAGAACCAGCUGGAGAGAUUUGAAAAGGCAUUCAAGAAUGUACCAGUUGAAGCGUGGCAUGUUUUUGAGGAACCGAACUUCAUAUUGAAUGCGCUCCGCAGCCAAACGGCAACGCUCGGGGGCAGAAGGCAAGCCUCCGAUGGACGCAUUUUCAUUGCUUCGGAGGGUCAUGUCUACCGUUCCAUUAUGAAGAAGAAGAAGGAUACCGGAAACAUUAUUUAUCAUCGGGGUUCAUUCUUACUUGCAAGCGAGCGUAAGUCAUCCACCUAUCUUGUGCUCAUUACGACUGUUACUAAUGGCCAUACUGCUGCUAGCUUUGAGCAAGGUAUAAAGAUUCUUUAUCAGUCAAAUACUUUCGAGUUUGAAGUUAUGAGUGCAUUCAUGGAGUUUCAAAGAAAUCAAAUUGCUCCUGAUCUGAAUCAUUUACUCACACACGUCGAUACUCGAGUAUCGAUCGAAUUCAACGAUCUGGUCUGCUAUGGAAGCGAGCUUGAAAAGACGGGAAGACCACAACCCAUCAAGUUCACAAUACUAUGCCAUACUCUGUCAAAGAUGAGGCAAGAUCUCAAGCUGCGUUUUCAUGUUGAUAUGAGCAACAGGGAGCCCUGGCAUAGGCACACUGCUGAGAGCAAAAGACUUGCGGGCCAGGCUAUUAAAACCGGACUUGAGACGCUUGUUGGCAAUGGGCGGGUCACUUGUGUGCUUCAUGGUUGUGGCAUGGAUGGCUUCUCGGAACUUGUGAAGGGAAUACGGUCGGAAAAGCUAGAGGCGGGACUGAAGCUUAACAUGUGUCCUCACAAGCCUCCGAGCCGCUAUGAAACGUCUUCUGAGGAGGAACAAGAUGGCGACGCUUCAACUGAUGGUGAGAGCAAUGGUCAGGUUGAUGAAGAACUAGUGACGAGUAGCAGUACUCCGUACUUGGAAGCAGGCUAG